AUAGCUGGGGGAAAAUAGCGAGGCACAAAGCGGUAAUGGGUUAGAGGUGGCUGGUUGUCAUGUUCGAGGGAAACCGUUUAGAACGUUGCCUCGGAUACAUUGGAAAAUUUUUACAUCAGUGAAACGGAUACAUUUUAACAUUUUCGCGGCAAUAUGUUGUAACAUUUCCGCGUCGUCAAGUUUCUUUCACGUUCAUAGCUAGGCGUCUGAAUAAAGGAAUUAGGCAGAAAGAGGUCAUAUUUAUUGGGUUUUAUGUGCUCGUGCCUUGCUUUGUGCAUAAAUUAUGCGUUAUCAAUGGUUAUGUAUGCUAUUUGAAUGAACGUUUUUGAUAUGGUUUUGAUUUAUCUGCCUCAUAGUAAGCAGAACAGAUUUCACAUCCGCACAAUGAAAUAUAGACUUUCCUCGUGCAGUCUGACGCCAGUUUACAAGCUUGGCUUUUGUUGACAGAUAAUUAUAGAGUCAGAGGCUGCCAGCUCACCGCAAGCUGCUGGUCAUAAGUGUUAUAAAUGUGGUCGGUUUGAAGUCGUCCAGGGAGGGUGCGAAAAGUUCAAGUUUUUGCCAAAAGGUUAGCCCACCAGAGACGGUGUGAGGCGGUGCGGCUGAACAAAAUAAAUGAAUCCAGAUCCAAGCCUUGGGACUAAAGGAUGCUUGCUCACCGGAUCUGCACUGCACUGCUGUGACCUGCUCAUGCCCCAUCCAGAGGUGCCAUGGCUCGCAGAAUAUCCUCCCAGGGUAAGGUUACCAUCUCCGUGGAUGAGUACAGCUCCAAGCCAACCCAGGCCUUCACCCACUACAACAUCAACCAAAGCCGCUUCCAGCCCCCUCACGUCCACAUGGUAGAGCCACUUCCCUACGAUGCGCCAACUCCUGUGGGUCAUACACGUUUCGUCUGCGUCUCAGACACACACUCAAGGACAGAUGGAAUCCAGAUGCCAUUCGGUGAUGUGUUGCUUCACACGGGUGACUUCACUGAACUUGGCCUACCGUCUGAAGUGAAGAAGUUUAAUGACUGGUUGGGCAGUCUUCCCUACGAGUACAAAGUUGUCAUCGCUGGAAAUCACGAACUUACCUUCGAUAAAGAUUUUAUGGCAGAACUCGUAAAGCAGGAUUACUACCGUUUCCCCUCAGUGUCCAAGCUGAGGACUGAGGACUUUGACGAUGUUCAGUCCCUCCUUACAAACUGUGUGUACUUACAGGACUCUGAGGUCACCAUUAAAGGAUUCAGGAUAUACGGGACUCCGUGGACCCCGUGGUUUAAUGGAUGGGGCUUUAACUUACCUCGUGGCCAGUCUCUCCUCGAUAAGUGGAACCAGAUCCCUGAAGAUGUAGAUAUUCUUAUGACACAUGGGCCUCCUCUGGGGUUUAGAGAUUGGGUCCCAAAAGAACUUCAGAGAGUUGGCUGCGUGGAACUACUCAACACAGUACAAAAAAGGGUCCGACCCAAACUCCACGCAUAUGGGGGAAUCCAUGAAGGGUAUGGUAUUAUGACAGAUGGCUAUACAACAUUUAUCAACUCCUCCACAUGUACAGUCAGCUUCCAGCCUACCAAUCCACCAAUCAUAUUUGAUCUCCCCAACCCAGGAAACUCCUGAGACUCAUUAAACCCCACCCCUUUUUCUACAUAACUCUUCCGUACUUUUAAGUAAUAGUCUUUUUGUACUGCUUGUAUUUAAAAAUGCAUGGAAAUGUAAUUUUUUAAGUCGGAUUGAAGCCGACACCAUUUGAAUGACUAUUGUAGGUGAAGAAUAAGUUGUGAAUUCAUAUUUGUAAUUUGUUUGCAUCAGUUGCCUUGUUUUUUUUUUUUUCUUUCUUUUUAUUGGUCAGGAUCUUAAAAAGUGCAUUUUAAAGGUACUCCCAAAAGCGUCAGCAAUACUUGACUAUGUCUGAUUUAAUAUUAAUUGUGCUUUUUAAAUUUAAUAUAAAUUAUUUAAAGUUAUGAACUCUUUGUGUGGUGUAUUAAAUUUUGGAUUUAACUGAGUAAGUGCUUACUUCACCUCGUCAGUGGGUCCAAUGGGUCUGAUAUUUAUUACUCCAAUCAGACUUUGCUCUUUUCUCAUCAAGAAGACACAUCUUUAUCUACCAGGCCAUUAAACACCAUAACACUAGCAUUCUUCCUUUCAACAUAAAAUAAAGUGGCACAGUUUAUCAAAAGACGGCAGCGAUUGUGUGUUGUGAAUUGAAUUUCUCAUUAUUGCUGAGCUGCUUUUGUCCUACAAUUAGAGUUUAGAAGAGGCUGAAUGUGCAGAUUCUUCAGAUCACAGAGAUACUGUACCUGGUCUGAUUUUGCAUUUAGCACAUAUUAAAAGUGGACGAGAACUUUCAAUAUAAUUGGGUCUGCCUCAGGAGAUAUACAGAGAUAAUUCUGGUAUCUCUCUGUAAAGAUUCAAACACAAUUGUUUAUCCUAGAUUUGCAAUAUCUUUGUAUUCUAUUGGUUUCAAAACUGGAAAUGACAUUACAACACUAAGCCAUUUCCGUCCUCCUCAUCUCCAUUUUUUAGUUGUUGUAAUAAUGUGCGUUGUAUAUUUCACUGUGGAUCUGCAAUCUUGUGAGCACAAAAAAAAAGUUUUCUGUAAUUUCUGCUAUUGUAAAUGCUUUCUUUAUAUGUUUUGUGACUUUUUUUAUCCAUUGUGACAUUAAGCCAAGUUUAUAUGCAAAUAAAACUGCAAGAUUUUUAUCUGA